AUGUCUGACUAUGCUGUCUUCGCACACCCCGACUUUGACCCGAACGACUACGCGAACGCUAUCCUAGCAGGGGAGCCGUACCCUCCGCAACCCGGCAAGCCCAAGCCUGCGAAGAGCACAGGCCUUGCCCCGGCCAGCGAAGAUGUCUCUGUAGCCAUCUCCAAGCUUACGUUCAGCCUCGACGAUGUGGAGAAACAACUCAAGAACGUGGUUACCACGCACCACGAAGAUCUUCUGGUGCAGGCUGCCGGAGUCUCAGACCUCCAGGGCUCACUCGGGUCUGUCCGGACCGGCCUGAACGAAUUGGAUUCGUCUCUAGAAAAACUCCGCCUGAAGAUACGCGUUCCUUACCAGUCUCUUCAGACACAUGUAUCCAAGCUCGAACGUCUGCAACAAGCCUCGGAUAUUCUCCGGCGCACCUCGCGUUUCGUCAUCCUCGCUCGUCGGCUUGAGUUGCAGCUGGCUGAGAUGAACAAGGCCGACGGCCCCGAGUCCGAAAUUACGAAGGCGAAACCACAAACGAAUGGCGCCUCGAACUCGGGCCCUGGGGCUCGGGCAGAGACGCCAGUGACGCUCGAAAGCGAGGACGAGAAGGAGCGCGCGAUUGCAAAGGCCGCGCUGACGAUUGCCGAGUUGACUGCGCUGCUUGACGCGACCAAUGAACUCCCUACCGCGGGCGCCCCUCGCGAUGGCCAGACCGCAGGCGAGGACAGUGGGAACGACGCUGGAGAACGUGUGCCGUUAAACUCGAUCAAAGCAGUCGCCGCGCAUCUCCCGUUCAUCGAUGCAGCCCGAAGCAAGGUCACCGCGGACAUGGAGGCGAUGGUCUUCACCGGCCUGGCUACUUUGAACCAGUCCAUGCUUGCGAGUUCUCUCCAGACAGCACAUAAUCUCCGCGUACUGCCGGAUCUCGUGCAGAACUUGGUCAGCGACUUGUCAGAAGCUGUGGAAGGCCGCAUUCGGUCCGCGUUCGACUUGACGCGAAUAUCCAAGGACAUCAUGACCAAAGACUCCGCGUCUCUUGGCCAAGGUCUGCUGUACAAGUCUCGCGUACGGACGGAACCUACGAGCGUGACCGCACCUCAGUGGACUGCCGCACUAUGGGGUAGCCUUGAGAGCCUCAUCGAGGAGAUGGCAGACUGCUGUAUUAAGGUGUACACACUCGAAAAGGUGCUCAGGGUGAAGCGGGAUCCAGUCACAGACGUUGUUUUCCUGGACGAGGCUAUGAAGGUUCUCGAGAACAAGCCAAGUACCACGUUCUGGGCUUCCCUAGGACGCUCGCUGGAAAAGCACGCGCGCGACGCAGCGAAAGGGUCGAGCUUCCUCCAACAAACUCUCAGCACAGGAUAUCCGAGGUUGCUCCGCCUGUUCCACUCGUUCUUCACCAAGAUUGCGGUCCACACGGAUACAGUGUAUACUCAGAGUCAGCAGAGUCCGGAGACUAUCCUUGUUCUGCGCGCACUAUCCAACUUCGAGUCUCUCUACCUAUCCCGCUCCUCGAACCGGUUGAACGAGACCGUCGGCCAAGCCUUCUCGGGCGGAACUCGCGCACCUCCUGGCACAUCCGAGGGCGUAAACAUCGCGCGCGCGGUCGCAAACGAGCUUGAUUCGGCGAAGUUCGACCCACUCCUUGUGCAAUCUGUUGCACGGUAUGCGGUGUCGAGCCUUGAGCUUAUGCUCACACGCGCGGACAACUUGAAAUCGAGAGACCGCACCGCAACGAGCCUCAUCGGGCCUGUCGCGUCCCCGCCGCAGGUACUGAACGCCUCGCUCGCGACGUGUGUUUACCACACAUGGUCCCGUUUGGACAAACUACGGGAAGAAUACCCAGAGAGCGUCAUCUCAAUUCUGCGACCAGUCGUUACGAAGCUACACGAGACGUUCGAGCGCGUUACGGACCCACUGCUUGCCGCGAUCCGCCGCGAGCUUGGCGCAAUCAUCGCGAAGCUGCACCGGAUGGACUUCAGCGACAACGUCGAUCCCAUGGCAGCAAUGGGCGGCGGCCCAAGCCCGUACAUGAAAGACCUCAUCGAGAAGCUCGCGUUCGUCAAGAACGAGGUCCUCGCGCAGUACAACGUGCCCGACGUCAGUCGCCAAUGGGUGAUCGCGACGGUACGCUUUGUGAUCAAGACGUUCGUGCUGCACGCGUCGAUCGCGAAGCCGCUCGGGGAGAGCGGGAAGCUGCAGCUCACGAGCGACAUGACCGAGCUGGAGUUCGGCCUCAGCGCGUUCAUGGCCGAUAACAAGGCGCAGAGCAAGCGCGGUGCCGACUGGGACGCCGUUGGCGCGGACUACCGCGCCUUGCGUGGCAUGCGACAGCUGCUCUUCCUGGACAAUGCGGGGCUCGCCUCGCCCAGGCACACCGCGGGCCUGCCGCCGCUUAUCGUGCUGCACCACAUCCUUGUGCGCUCGCCGAUCACGCUCCCGCACGCGCUGCACGGGUGGGCGGAGGCGGAAUACGUACGCUGGGUGGAGGAGCACUCCGAAGAGGAGGCGUGGACGCUCGUCGACGGGGACGUCACACACUGGGAGAAGAUGGCGGAGGCGGAGGGCGGUGACCCCAGCGCCGCGGCGGAGUAUGUGCAGCUUGCGCGCACAGUGCUGGAGAAUACGCAGGAGAACGGGGCGGCCGCAUGA